CGGCGCAAGCCUCCGAGCAAUCCCCGAGAAUUCAAGCUCGUCCACGGGCCUCCGCCGAGCCUCUGUUCCUUACGAGUGCCGAGGCUGUUUCGGGAGCGGCGGCUGCACUUAGCGCUGGGCGGGGAAGCGGGACCGUCUCAAGAUGGCGGCUCCCACAAUUGUGGUCUGAGCACCGGCGGGUCUGGGGCAACCGCGGCGCUUGUGGCUCCUAUCCACCCGCCCCGGAAGCCGGCCAGUGCAGGGGACUUGGGGGGUGUGGGAACCGGGCCGGGGCUCCGCCAUUUCCGGCGGGUGAGGGCUACGACUGAGGAAGGGAGGAGAGAGAGGCGGCUCAAGAUGGCGGCUCCCAGGGCCUCCCGCCCGAGCUUGUAAGCAAGAGCGCCCGGGCAAGUAGUUAGAGCGGCAGGACUCGGCGGCCUCCAGCUUUUCGGGCCAAGCCGGUCUAUAGUUUCGGGACGCUCUUUUGGAGUCGGGGUGAGCGAGAAGAAGGGAAAGAGCCGAAGGGAAGGAGGAUAGUUAAGAUGGCGGCCUCCAUGGAGCCGUCCACCGCUGUGUGAGGAACUGCUUCUCCGUGAGAGCUGCCUUAGACGAAGGGGGUGUGUGGGAGGUGUUGGGGGGCUCCCUUCCCGCUUCGUGACUUUUCCCCACCUCGCCCUUUCUUGGAACUAUGGCUUCGGCCGUGUCGCCUGCCAACUCUCCAGCGGUGCUCUUGCAGCCCCGCUGGAAGCGAGUGGUGGGCUGGUCGGGUCCAGUUCCCCGACCCCGUCACGGCCACCGCGCCGUGGCCAUCAAGGAGCUCAUCGUGGUGUUUGGCGGCGGCAACGAGGGGAUAGUGGAUGAACUGCACGUGUACAACACGGCAACCAACCAGUGGUUCAUCCCAGCUGUGAGAGGGGACAUCCCCCCUGGGUGUGCAGCUUAUGGCUUUGUGUGUGACGGGACUCGCCUGCUGGUGUUUGGUGGAAUGGUAGAGUAUGGGAAAUACAGCAAUGACCUCUACGAGCUCCAGGCAAGUCGGUGGGAAUGGAAGAGACUCAAAGCAAAGACACCCAAAAACGGGCCCCCUCCGUGUCCUCGGCUUGGGCACAGCUUCUCUCUUGUGGGCAACAAAUGCUACCUGUUUGGGGGUUUGGCCAACGAUAGCGAGGACCCCAAGAACAACAUUCCGAGGUACCUGAAUGACUUAUACAUCCUGGAAUUGCGGCCAGGCUCCGGAGUGGUAGCCUGGGACAUCCCCAUCACUUACGGCGUCCUGCCCCCACCGAGGGAGUCACAUACUGCCGUGGUGUACACUGAGAAAGACAACAAGAAGUCCAAGCUGGUGAUCUAUGGAGGGAUGAGUGGCUGCCGGCUGGGGGACCUCUGGACCCUGGAUAUUGAGACUCUGACGUGGAAUAAGCCCAGUCUCAGCGGAGUGGCACCUCUUCCUCGAAGUCUCCACUCGGCCACAACCAUAGGCAACAAAAUGUACGUGUUUGGUGGCUGGGUGCCUCUCGUCAUGGAUGACGUCAAAGUGGCCACACACGAGAAGGAAUGGAAGUGUACCAACACACUGGCUUGUCUCAACCUGGAUACCAUGGCCUGGGAGACCAUCCUAAUGGACACACUGGAGGAUAAUAUUCCCCGAGCCCGAGCUGGCCACUGUGCUGUAGCAAUCAACACCCGCCUGUACAUAUGGAGUGGGCGUGAUGGCUACCGAAAGGCCUGGAACAACCAGGUCUGCUGCAAGGACCUCUGGUACCUGGAAACAGAAAAGCCACCGCCUCCAGCCCGGGUACAGCUGGUACGAGCCAACACCAACUCCCUGGAGGUGAGCUGGGGGGCAGUGGCAACCGCCGACAGUUACCUUCUGCAGCUCCAGAAAUAUGACAUUCCUGCCACGGCUGCUACUGCCACCUCCCCCACACCCAAUCCAGUCCCGUCUGUGCCUACCAACCCUCCCAAGAGCCCUGCCCCCGCAGCAGCCGCACCUGCUGUGCAGCCGCUGACCCAAGUAGGCAUCACACUCCUGCCCCAGGCUGCCGCCGCACCCCCAACCACCACCACCAUCCAGGUGUUGCCGCCAGUACCUGGAAGCUCAAUUUCUGUGCCCACUGCAGCCAGGACUCAAGGUGUCCCUGCUGUUCUCAAAGUGACUGGUCCUCAGGCUACAACAGGAACCCCGUUGGUCACCAUGAGACCUGCCAGCCAGGCUGGGAAAGCCCCUGUCACUGUAACCUCCCUUCCUGCAGGCGUGCGAAUGGUUGUGCCAUCACAGAGUGCUCAGGGGACGGUAAUCGGCAGCAACCCACAGAUGAGUGGGAUGGCUGCGUUAGCCGCUGCAGCCGCUGCCACCCAGAAGAUCCCUCCUUCCUCGGCGCCCACAGUGCUGAGUGUCCCCGCAGGCACCACCAUCGUCAAAACCGUGGCUGUGACACCUGGCACUACCACCCUCCCAGCCACUGUGAAGGUGGCCUCCUCACCAGUCAUGGUGAGCAACCCGGCUACUCGUAUGCUGAAGACUGCAGCCGCCCAGGUGGGGACAUCCGUCUCCUCAGCUGCCAACACGUCCACUCGCCCUAUAAUCACAGUGCACAAGUCAGGGACUGUUACUGUGGCUCAGCAAGCCCAAGUGGUGACUACAGUUGUGGGUGGGGUCACCAAGACCAUCACCCUGGUGAAGAGCCCUAUCUCUGUCCCAGGAGGCAGUGCUCUGAUUUCCAAUCUGGGCAAAGUGAUGUCAGUGGUCCAGACCAAACCAGUUCAGACUUCUGCGGUCACAGGCCAGGCAUCUACGGGCCCAGUGACUCAGAUCAUCCAGACCAAAGGGCCCCUGCCAGCCGGGACCAUCCUGAAGCUGGUGACCUCAGCAGACGGCAAGCCCACCACUAUCAUCACUACCACUCAGGCCAGUGGGGCUGGAAGUAAGCCCACCAUCCUGGGCAUCAGCAGUGUGUCCCCCAGCACCACCAAGCCUGGCACGACCACUAUUAUCAAGACCAUCCCCAUGUCGGCCAUCAUCACACAGGCGGGUGCCACAGGUGUGACCAGCAGUCCUGGCAUCAAGUCCCCCAUCACUAUUAUCACCACCAAGGUUAUGACUUCAGGAACUGGAACACCCGCGAAAAUCAUCACUGCUGUCCCUAAAAUUGCCACUGGCCAUGGGCAGCAAGGAGUGACCCAGGUGGUACUAAAGGGGGCCCCUGGACAGCCAGGCACCAUUCUUCGCACCGUGCCCAUGGGGGGCGUCCGCCUUGUCACCCCUGUCACUGUCUCUGCCGUCAAGCCCGCAGUCACCACAUUGGUUGUGAAGGGCACCACAGGAGUCACAACCCUAGGAACAAUGACCGGCACCGUUUCCACCAGCCUCGCUGGAGCUGGGGGCCAUAGCACCAGUGCCUCCCUGGCCACACCCAUCACCACUUUGGGCACCAUUGCCACCCUUUCAAGCCAAGUGAUCAACCCCACUGCCAUCACUGUGUCGGCUGCUCAGACCACGCUGACAGCAGCCGGCAGUCUUACCACUCCCACCAUCACCAUGCAGCCUGUCUCCCAGCCUACCCAGGUGACUCUGAUCACAGCACCCAGUGGAGUUGAGGCACAGCCUGUACAUGACCUCCCUGUGUCCAUUCUGGCCUCACCUACUACAGAACAGCCCACUGCCACCGUCACCAUUGCUGACUCUGGCCAGGGUGAUGUGCAGCCCGGCACCGUGACACUGGUGUGCUCCAACCCACCCUGUGAGACCCAUGAGACGGGCACAACCAACACGGCCACCACCACCGUUGUGGCUAACCUGGGAGGGCACCCACAACCGACCCAAGUACAGUUUGUCUGUGACAGGCAGGAGGCAGCUGCUUCUCUUGUGACCUCGACGGUGGGGCAGCAGAAUGGCAGUGUGGUGCGCGUCUGCUCCAACCCACCCUGUGAGACCCAUGAGACAGGCACCACCAACACGGCCACCACUGCCACUUCCAACAUGGCUGGGCAGCAUGGCUGCUCCAACCCACCCUGUGAGACCCACGAGACAGGCACCACCAGCACCGCCACCACUGCCAUGUCAAGCAUUGGUGCAGGCCAGCAGCGAGACACCCGUCACACAUGUGUGGCCACCACCAUCCCUGCUGUGGUUCGAGUCAGUGUGGCUGCUGGGGCACUAGAGGGAGCCCAGGGUUCUAUCAAGUCUUCAUGCCAAACUCACCAGACCAGCGCAACCAGCACCACCAUGACUGUGAUGGCCACUGGGGCCCCAAGCUCAGACAGCCCGCUGCUUGGGCCAAGCCUGGCACUGGAGGCUGGAGGCCACAGCACUGCUUUUGCACAGUUGGCCUCUACAAGCGGCCAAGUCAGGCCCAGCGGCCCCAGCAGCAAGGACAGUGCUAUAGCCGACCUAGGUCAGUUGGUGUCCAUGGGGUGCCAGCUGGAGGCACAUCACACCCACACAACCAACACCCCCACCACAGCCCGCUCCACCAUGGGUGCUGGGGAGCCCGGCGAGAUGCGGGGGAUCCCCACACCUGCGUAUGAGAGCUCAUCUAGUGCUGCUGUGACUGUGACAGCCUUGGAAGCACUGCUGUGCUCCUCGGCCACCGUGACCCAAGUCUGCUCCAAUCCACCAUGCGAGACCCACGAGACUGGCACCACCAACACAGCCACUACCUCGAAUGCAGGCAAUGCCCAGCGGAUCUGCUCCAACCCACCCUGCGAGACCCAUGAGACGGGCACCACCCAUACACCAACUACCGCCACCUCUGGUGGGGGUGCAGGCCAGCCCGAGGGGGGGCAACAGCCCCCUGCUAGCCGCCCCUGCGAGACGCACCAGACCACUUCCACUGGCACCACCAUGUCAGUCAGCGUGGGUGCCCUGCUUCCUGACAGCAGCCCCACCCUCAGGACCCUGGAGUCCGGGUUGGAGGGGGCAGCACCACCCACCAUCUCUCCCCAGGCCAGCACUUCAUUGCUGACUCCUUUUCCAACACAGAGGGUGUGCUCCAAUCCCCCCUGUGAGACGCAUGAGACAGGCACCACACACACGGCCACCACUGUCACCUCCAACAUGAGCUCAAACCAAGAUCCCCCACCAGCUGCCAGUGACCAAGGAGAGGUAGAGAGCACCCAGGGCGACAGUGUGAACAUCACCAGCUCCAGUGCCAUCACAACAACUGUGUCCUCCACGCUGACACGGGCUGUGACUACCGUAACACAGUCCACGCCAGCCCCUGGCCCCUCUGUGCCGAAGAUCUCAUCAGUGACUGAGACUACCCCAGGGGCUCUGACCACCGAAGUCCCCAUCCCGGCCACGAUAACAGUGACCAUAGCCAACACAGAAACUUCUGACAUGCCCUUCUCUGCUGUUGACAUCCUGCAGCCCCCAGAGGAACUCCAGGCCUCCCCAGGGCCUCGCCAGCAGCUGCCGCCACAGCAACUCCUGCAGCCUGCCUCCACGCCCCUGAUGGGGGAGUCCACCGAGGUCCUCUCAGCCUCGCAGACCUCUGAGCUCCAGGCCGCUGUGGAUCUGAGCAGUACAGGGGACCCAGCUUCAGGCCAGGAGUCUGCCAACUCAGCCAUGGUGGCCACUGUGGUGGUCCAGCCACCUCCACCCACACAAUCUGAAGUAGACCCAUUGUCACUUCCCCAAGAGCUGAUGGCUGAGGCCCAGGCAGGCACAACCACCCUCAUGGUAACAGGGCUCACCCCUGAGGAGCUGGCAGUGACUGCUGCCGCCGAAGCGGCUGCCCAGGCUGCAGCCACAGAGGAAGCCCAGGCCCUGGCCAUCCAGGCUGUACUCCAGGCCGCACAGCAGGCUGUCAUGGGUACUGGGGAACCCAUGGACACGUCUGAGGCGGCAGGAGCCGUGACACAGGCAGAACUGGGCCACUUGUCAGCAGAGGGCCAGGAGGGCCAGGCCACCACCAUCCCUAUCGUGCUGACACAGCAAGAACUGGCCGCCCUGGUGCAGCAGCAGCAGCAGCUGCAGGAGGCACAGGCCCAGCAGCAGCAUCACCACCUUCCCACUGAGGCCCUGGCCCCUGCUGACAGCCUCAAUGACCCGACCAUCGAGAGCAACUGCCUCAGUGAGCUGGCUGGGGCUGUCCCUAGCACUGUAGCCCUGCUGCCCUCCACAGCCACCGAGAGCCUGGCUCCUUCUAACACGUUUGUGGCCCCCCAGCCAGUUGUGGGAUCCAGUCCCGCUAAGCUGCAGGCUGCCGCUACCCUAACUGAGGUAGCCAAUGGCAUUGAGUCCCUGGGCGUGAAGCCAGACCUGCCACCCCCACCCAGCAAAGCCCCCGUGAAGAAAGAGAAUCAGUGGUUUGAUGUGGGGGUUAUUAAGGGCACUAAUGUAAUGGUGACACACUAUUUCCUGCCACCAGAUGAUGCUGUUCCAUCUGAUGAUGACUCGGGCACUGUUCCAGACUAUAACCAACUGAAGAAGCAUGAACUGCAGCCUGGCACAGCCUAUAAGUUCCGUGUUGCUGGGAUCAAUGCCUGUGGCCGGGGGCCCUUCAGUGAGAUCUCAGCCUUUAAGACGUGUCUGCCUGGUUUCCCAGGGGCCCCCUGUGCCAUUAAAAUCAGCAAAAGUCCAGAUGGUGCUCACCUCACCUGGGAGCCGCCCUCUGUGACUUCUGGCAAGAUCGUUGAGUACUCGGUGUACCUGGCUAUCCAGAGCUCACAGGCCAGCGGUGAGCCCAAGAGCUCAACCCCAGCCCAGUUGGCCUUCAUGCGGGUGUACUGCGGGCCCAGCCCUUCCUGCCUCGUGCAGUCCUCCAGCCUCUCCAAUGCCCACAUUGACUAUACCACCAAGCCCGCCAUCAUCUUCCGCAUCGCUGCCCGCAAUGAGAAGGGCUAUGGCCCAGCCACCCAAGUGAGGUGGUUGCAAGAAACCAGUAAAGACAGCCCUGGCACCAAGCCAGCCAACAAGCGGCCCAUGUCCUCUCCGGAAAUGAAAACCGCUCCAAAGAAAUCUAAGGCAGAU